AUGCAUGCUCAAAAGCAAGAAAUCGUACGGGUGACGCAACAGCUGCUCGACGCUAUCUCAUGCAAGGAUUUCGAUGUCUACACGAAACUAUGCGAUCCGGCGAUGACUUGUUUCGAGCCAGAAGCACUAGGAAAUUUGAUCGAAGGCGUCGAGUUUCAUCGGUUCUACUUUGAUUAUGGUAAGAUCUCAAGUAUUAUAUUUGUGGGGUCGAUGACGCAAGCAAGCAGGAUUGAGAUUAAUACAAAGCAUUUAGGCAACAACAAUCCUCGAAAAGGUCAAUUACAUACUACUAUGCUGAAUCCAAAUGUUCACGUGAUGGGUGAGGAAGGUGCUUGUAUAGCGUAUGUUCGACUGACGCAGUUCAUGGACAGGUUCGUUAGUCGCCGCCGUUUUCGUCACAUACAGUCCCUUAAAGAAGUUCCAUGUAGUGCCUUGUUAUGCUGUUGCUUCCGAGUCACCCAAACCUGUCUUUGA